AUGAACAACAACGUAGCAAAUCUGGAACUCGAUCCAGAGUCCCAGAGAGUCAUCGAAGAUCUCGCCGCAAGCAUGAGAGAAGACGAAGGCUUUGUCGAAUACACGAAUGAUCGAGAGACAGAAUUACAGAUGUACAUCGAGGAGCGUCGAGCGAAUCUCAAGAUUUUUAUAGAGGAGCGUCAACUAUAUCGACAAAUGUAUGUUGAGGAGCGCCAGAAACGUCUCGAUAAGGAAAGGAAGGAUGCCCAAUUUAUUGAAUUGAUGAGUCGAGUUAUGUUCGUAUUGAUUGUCGCUUUUUUGGUAUACAUUGUGUGCAAAUAUGGCGUCUAA